AAGAACGCACCGUGUGUUUCAGUUAAGUGUUGGCGCUUAACCGGGCAACAAUCUUUACUCCUCCGCUCGAAUCGAAUUAAACAAGAAGAAUCGUCGCGUUAAACCAAACUCAAGCACCGAUCUACUAUAUAACUAGAGCAAGCCAAGAGAGUGUUCUUCUCGAUUAAGUCUAUACAAAAACACACACAUCAACUAUUUGGGAAAACUCGCACAACACAAGUCUAAGAUUGUUGUGUGUCCCAUGAUUGCCGUGUGAUCAUCAUCGCCGGUCUUCGAUUUCGCAAUUAAUUCCACAAAUAUGAGCAGCAAUAUCGGCAUACGCAUGCUAAUGAUGAUUAUGCCUCAUUUAUAGUGCGCUAAUUGAACGCGAAAUUGCUCGAUAAAAUAAAUAUAACCCUAACCAUUCGCAAACAAAUAACAACAACUCAACGCAAAAUCAAAUAUAUAUCAAAUAAUAUAUUAGCAAGUGUUAGUGAGUGUGUGCCGUUCAAACACGAAUUUAACAAUAAUGGAUAUCAGCUAUAUCUUUGUGAUCUGCCUGAUGGCCCUGUUCAGCAGCGAUAGCAGCAUCGUUCCCGUCGAGGGCAAACAGAAAUCCGGCAGGGGCCGGGGCUCCAUGUGGUGGGGCAUUGCCAAGGUCGGCGAACCAAACAACAUUACACCCAUUAUGUAUAUGGAUCCGGCCAUUCACUCGACACUGAGAAGAAAACAGCGACGUUUGGUCCGAGACAAUCCUGGCGUUUUGGGAGCUCUUGUCAAAGGCGCCAAUCUGGCCAUAAGCGAAUGUCAGCACCAGUUCCGGAAUCGCCGCUGGAAUUGCUCGACGAAAACCAUUUCGAGGGGCAAGAAUCUAUUCGGAAAGAUCGUAGAUCGAGGUUGCCGUGAAACUAGCUUCAUCUACGCCAUCACCAGUGCGGCUGUGACUCACUCCAUUGCCAGGGCCUGCAGCGAAGGCACCAUCGAGUCCUGCACCUGCGACUACAGCCACCAGUCCCGAUCUCCCCAGGCCAACCAUCAGGCUGGCAGCGUGGCCGGAGUUAGGGAUUGGGAAUGGGGUGGUUGCUCUGACAAUAUCGGAUUCGGAUUCAAGUUCUCCCGGGAAUUUGUGGACACUGGCGAGCGUGGUCGCAACCUUCGCGAGAAAAUGAAUCUGCACAACAACGAAGCAGGACGAGCGCACGUUCAGGCGGAGAUGCGACAGGAGUGCAAAUGCCACGGCAUGUCCGGUUCUUGUACAGUGAAGACCUGCUGGAUGCGAUUGGCCAACUUCCGUGUCAUCGGCGAUAAUCUGAAGGCUCGCUUCGAUGGUGCCACCCGCGUCCAGGUCAACAAUCAUCGUAGUCAGAACUCCAUACCCGUCAUCAGUCCCAAUGCUGUGGGUUCCAAUGCGGCAGGACCGAAUGCCCUGAUGCCCCAGUCCGUGGUUUACGGCGAGGAAGAGGAACGCAUGCUGAACGAUCAUAUGCCGGAUAGUCUGCUGCUGGAAAACAGUCAUCCUAGCAAGUCCAACAGCUUGCCACAAGCUGGUCAGCCCAACCGAAAUGGACAUCGUAGGGGUCGCAAGCACAAUAGAUACUCCUUCCAACUGAACCCCCACAAUCCGGAACACAAGCCACCAGGCUCCAAGGAUCUGGUCUACCUGGAACCCUCGCCUAGCUUCUGCGAGAAGAACCUGCGGCACGGAAUCCUGGGCACACACGGGCGGCAGUGCAACGAGACCUCGCUGGGCGUCGACGGCUGCGGGCUGAUGUGCUGUGGGCGUGGCUACCGAAGGGACGAGGUGGUGGUGGUGGAGCGGUGCGCCUGCACCUUCCACUGGUGCUGCGAGGUCAAGUGCAAGCUGUGUCGAACGAAGAAGGUCAUCUACACGUGUCUGUAAUGGGGCAUGCCCCACACACCCCCUCUCUAUAAUAGCUUGUCCCGCCCCGCUCCACCCCCCUCUUUGUAUGUGUUAUGUAUUUUGUCUACGCUUAGCCUUUGUUAUUAGCACUUUAAGAGCCUAGACUAUAGCUUAGUUAAAGAUGCAGCUAACCCACCCGGAACAGAAAACAAGGAAGCCCCCCCUUAAUCCUUUAUGUCACACUCACUUUUUUUGUAGCAGUAUUACACAGGAGGAAUAUAAACGAGUAGAUUUCAAGAAAAAGUGAAAGAGUAUAUAAGCCAGAACAUGUGUUUGCCCAGUUUUUAGUGAAGUAAGCGAAUGAUAUAAAUAAUCCCUGGAAGAAGAAACUAUUUUGUAAAUUACAAAGCCCCUCGAUUUUUUACCCACUAGAUAUAAAACUUAAUUUUAAUUUAGCUUAAAGUUUUUUUCCAAGCGCGUCCCCUUUUUCCUUCGCCUCUGUCGUAUUAAAUCGUUUUUUAUUGAAAACAAGACUGAAAAUUUUUAAAUAACGCGCAUCUCUCCUUCUCUGUUGAACUGCUUGUACUGCUUGCACACUGCUUUGGCCAGGACCAAAAUGUAUGCAAAGUGGGCAGGACGAAAGGUCCUUCGAAAAAAAAAAGAAAAUUACGAAAGCCAGGGCUGGAAAAUGGAAAAUUUCUAUGGAAUAAAAUACGAAAAACUCCAUUGCCUGAUCAUA